CUUGAAAAUGCGGUCCACUGAAUGUCGUUAUAAUCGCGUUCUUCAUUUCUAAAGUCGUAUACGAUCUAUCUUUUCCAUUUCAUUUGUAAACAAACUUUAAAACAGAUAUUCGCGCGUUGAUCUCAUUAAUUUAUGAGUGGAUACAUUAUGUGAUGUACAAAAUGCACAAGAUAUAAAUUUGAUGUAUAAAAAAAUCUUAAUGCCUUAAUGGAUGUUCGAUAAAUCUGACGUUCAAAAUGAUCAUCUCAGCUUUAGACAAAGACACAGUGAAACUAAUAACUACCACUCAAGUUAUAACUUCGAUAUCUACUGCUGUAAAAGAAUUAAUAGAAAAUGCGUUUGAUGCUGGUGCUAAAAAUAUUGAAAUUAACUUGAUAGAUAAUGGAUGUACAUUAAUAGAAGUAAAGGACGAUGGAUGUGGUAUUUCAAAAGUAGAUGCUCCUUACAUGGCUUUAUCGUCUUACACAUCAAAAUUGUCUAGUUUCUCCGAUUUAGAAUCUUUAGAAACAUAUGGAUUCAGAGGUGAGGCUUUAUAUGCAUUGAGUGCAGUAUCAGAUCUUACAAUCAUAUCAAAAACAGAACAAGAUGAAGCAGCUAUAUCUUAUACUAUAGAUCAUAAUGGUCAUAUCAUAAAUUCAGAACAUUGCCACAGAUCUACAGGAACAACUGUACAAGUUAAACAAUUAUUUAAACAAAUGCCAGUGAGAAGGCAAAUAAUAACAAAUUUAAAAAAAGCUACUCAAGACAUUAGAACUUUGGAGUCCUUAAUAAAAAGUUAUGGAAUAUGCAAAUUUAAUGUACGAAUAAAUUAUAAAAUUAAAAUUAAAAUAAUGGUUCCUUCAAAGAUGACACAAGCAACUGAAGUGUUACAAUCCGGAGGACAAUAUAUUUUUGUAAAUGAUAGACCAAUUAAAUAUAAAGAAUUAGAAAAGGUAGUGAUUAAAAUAAUUUUCGAGGCAUUAGGACAAGAAUUGUCAUCAAGGAAAAAACCAAUAUUUCUUGUAUAUAUUUUAAUAAAUGCAGCAAACAUAGAUGUUAAUCUAGAACCAAAUAAAACUUCUCUCCUUUUUAAGGAUCAGAACGUGGUUAUCAAUAUAAUAGAAAAAUAUCUAGAAAAUUUUUAUGGAAUACAAAGAGAAAUGCAACCAGAAAAUAAUUGCGAAAGUUCAUUUACUGAUUAUCAAGAUUAUACACAGAAAGUAAACAUUAACAAUACUGAAAAUGAGGAACCUGCAUGCAAAAAACGAAAAUUACGCUUAGAAGGAAAUUUUGAUAAACCUAUUGAAAGGAAUAUAAAUACCGAUGAAAAUGUAAUAAAUAAUUUAAAUUCUACCGAGAUUAAUAAUUUCGAACAUAAAGGACAACCGCAAAUUUCUAUAAAUAUGCAAAUUUGUAAUGACGAAAGUGCUGAAAAAUGUGGAAAAAAAGUAGAUGGCUUCAAUGUUCAAUUACCAUCUCUAGAUUUAAGUGAAUCAGAUUCAAAUGAAUCACAGAAUUUUGCAUUGACUCAUUCCAAUAACGAUAUUUCUCAUAAUUCAGUUCAUAGUAAUACAAAAGAAAACACAGAAGAUACUCCACCAUUUGAACUAAGUCCAUCAUCUGAAACAUUCAGUCAGUUACCUAUAGUAGAUCUAGGUGAGGAUUUUGUAUUGUUCGAUUCUUCUAAUACAAAUACAGAUGAGAAAGAAAAUAAGAUAAAAAAUGCAGAAACAAACACUUUGCAUGCAGAAAAUAAAUUGAAUAUGAAAAAGUCAAUUACAUUAAAAGAAUGGAGUAAAGGACACGUAUCUGGGUUGAAGGGAGGUACGGAUAUAGAAUCUUACAAUUGUAUAGAACCAAAGGAGUCACCAAAUAUCAAUCCACAUACAAAUUUAUGUGCAGGUUUUCUUAAAUUUUCAAAAUAUGCCAGGUCAGAAGUGAUAGAAAAAGAUUCUAAUAUGACAGCACCUCAAAUUGCCUAUCAAAUAACUAAUCUUUGGAAAAAGUUGUCACCUGAAGAACGUGGAUACUAUAGAGACCUGGCACACGAUGAGAAAUCAGAGCACAAUAAAAGCAAAGUGGAAACAAAAGAAAAAUGUAUAGUAAAUAUUAAUAAGAAUAAAAAUAGACUAUUAAAAGCAUUGGAAAAAAUGAAAACGAUGAAUAUGGAGAAAAAAGAAAAUUUAGUCAUGAGAACUACUGUAUCUUGGGAUAUAGAUUUAAAAAAAGUUACUGAAAAUUUUCUAGAUAGUCCUCCAUGUGAAAAUACUGACAUUGUUGUUGUUGGAUUAUUACGUACAAAUUUAUGGAUUGUUUAUAAAUCUGCACAUAUUUGGAUUUUAGAUGCUGAAAAUCUUAAAAAAAAAUUACAUAUAACUGAUAUGAAUGUGAAUGAGGAUAAUGCUAAGAAUAUAGAACAACUUUUACAGCAAUGGUUUUCAAUAAAAAAUGACUUAUCUUUAUUACAUCCUAUACAUUCAUUAACACAAAUCAAGGAUACUGUUUAGCUUAAAAUGUUGUAAACAUUAUUUAAAUAAUAACCCUGUUAAAUUU